CUGACGGAGCGAAGCGAGCAGCCCUCGCUCUUUUGGUUUCUUUCCAACCAUUUUUUAGCAGAGGAAGGAUGUAAUAACAUGCCACGGGCAAUAAAUCACAGUCUAGCUACUCCCCCUGGCUCUCCUCCUCCCGCCCCCGGCCCCUCUAUAGCGGGAGGGGCGGAGGGGCCGCCAGCAGAGCGCCGCGGCCGCCGGGACGAGCAGAGCAGAGCAGAGUAGAGCAGCGUAGAGCAGAGCAGAACAGAGCAGAGCAGAGCAGAGCAGCGCCCGCCGCCUCCUGCAGCCGCCAGCAUGGACCUCCGCGCCCUAGCAAUGCUCGCCCUCGCCCUGGCCGUCAUCUCCCUCUCGGAGGAGAAGCCCGUCAGCCUGACUUACCGAUGUCCCUGUCGAUUCUACGAGAGCAACGUGGCAAGAGCCAAUAUUAAGCACCUCAAAAUCCUCUCCACACCCAACUGCUCACUUCAGAUUGUUGCAAGGCUCAAGAGCAACAGCAAGCAAGUGUGCAUUGAUCCCAAGUUAAAGUGGAUCCAGGAAUAUCUGGAGAAAGCUUUAAACAAACCACGUCAUCGCACUCAUAAAAAAAAGCAACAGAAGAAACGGGGCCCACGCUGCCCUUCCCGUGCAACACCACUAAAGUCUCCAGGGAGAAAGAAUGGAGGUUCAAGAUGUAAGAGGCAAGCAUUGUAAGCCGUCUACAGGAUUUCUUACUGUAGGACCCAGAGAGCAGAUAACCAGUAUUAGGGAAUGAAUACAUUUCACUGCUAACAUGCAGCACAAAAGCAACGCUUCACGCAUUUCCAAAGGUUUUUUUCUUGGUUAUUUUUGGUGUUUUGGUUUUUUUUGGUUUGUUUAUUUGGUUUUUUUUCCCCUUGCAAAAAUUAGCUUGCUUUCACAGUGCUAUUUUUA